CUGGUCUUCGAUGCCGCAGCUAGCACAAAUGGUUUGUCAUUAAAUGACUAUCUACUGAAGGGGCCGGACCUACUUACAUCUCUGUUCGGCAUUAUGGUAAGAUUUAGGGAGAACAGAGUAGCGGUGACCGGCGAUAUAAAAGAUAUGUUUUUAAGGAUAAAGGUAAGAGAAGAAGACCAGAACGCACUCAGAUUUCUGUGGAGAAGCAGUCCUGCAGAACAUGAAAAAACGUACGUGAUGACGUCAUUAAUAUUUGGCGCGAAAUGUUCACCGUUCAUAGCUCAAUUUAUUAAGAAUAAAAACGCACUAAGGUAUGAGUCAUCGAUGCCAAACGCCGUAGCAGCGAUAUGUAAUCAACAUUAUAUGGAUGACUACAUAGACAGUUUGCCAGACGAGGCCGCCGCCAUAACAAUGGUACGUAAUAUUAGUAAAAUUCACAAAUCAGGUGGUUUUCAUAUUUGUAAUUGGACUAGCAACAGUCCAGCCGUAUUGGAUAGUAUUCCAAAGGAGUCCUUAGGUACUACGGCCGUAAAGUUCAAAAUAGAUCAAGAAUGCGAAGGUGAACGUACGCUCGGAUUGAUAUGGUACCCGCGCGAAGACGAGUUGGGGUUCGAUGUGUCUCUCAAGCGCAUACCACAUGACAUAAUUAAUGGUAAGAAUAGACCAACAAAAAGAGUUAUGCUCAGAGUCAUAAUGUCAAUAUUCGAUGUAUUUGGAUUCUUAUCGCCAUUUUCUAUACAAGGUAAAAUAAUGUUGCAAGAUACCUGGCGCGCUGGAAUCAGCUGGGACGACUUAGUAACAGAUGACAUACAUAAAAAAUGGUGUCAGUGGGUCAAUGUACUAACGAGUGAAAUAAAAAAUAUCCGUCUGCCGAGGUGGUAUCAAGCAGCGACGAGUGGGAGCGAGUCAGCGAUAAAACGUAGCACAUCAGUUCAGGUAAACAUAACCUCUCUCACCUCUCUUACAUCUACAAGCGUAACCGAACGGGCUAUCGGCUACGAAACUGGCGUAGCUAAUAGCUGCGCUACGACAUCCGCUGCAAUGACGUAG